GGCUGCUCGGUCUGUAACCUGACAGAAUCACCGGCUGACUUCUCUUAUUCUCGGAAGUUAUCCGCAGAGACAAUACUCAUGGCUGGUCCUUUGUGGAGGGCUACAGCCUUUAUACAGAGACACAGGACAGGACUGUUGGUGGGGUCCUGUGCGGGCCUGUUUGGGGUUCAAAUCUCAUUUCACCUCUUCUCAGAUCCCAUAGUCCAAUGGCUGUACCAGUACUGGCCUCAGGGCCAACCGGCUCCUCUUGCCCCUCAGCUGCAGAGCCUCUUCCAGGAGGUGCUACAGGACAUGGGUGUCCCCUCAGGUCAUCACUACAAGCCUUUCACCGCCUUUACUUUUCAGCCUGUGAGUGCUGGCUUCCCAAGAUUUCCUACCGGGGCCAUGGUGGGAAUCCCUGCCAUCUUCCUGGGUGGCUCUGUGACCACCAUUGACCGUACUGUGAUCAUACAUGGGCAAAGAGUGAAUUGGCAAAGCCCAGCAGGUGCCAGGCUGAGAGACGCCCUGACCCUGUCUCAUAAUGCUCAGAAGUUUGCCUUAGCCAAAGAGGUGGUAUACCUGGAGAGCAAUGCGGCUACCUUACAGGCCCUGCCAGCCCCAGCUUGCCUAGCAGGAACCUGGGUACUAAGUGUGGGUAUCAAGCAUGCCCUGGGGCUCUAUAGAGGCCCCCUGGGCUUUCGAGCUGCCUUCAACUUGGUGGCAGCAGUGGCAGGCUAUGUGGUCUACGCCUUCUGCAAGGACUCGCUCACUGUUGCCCUGGAAGGCUGGCUGGACCGCCACACCGCCUCUCUGUCUGCAGCCUAUGCCCAGGGUGGAGUGGAAUUCUAUGAGAAGAUCCUGUCAGGCAACCUAGCCCUCCGAAGCCUUUUGGGCCCACAAGGGGAGAAACUGUACACACCAAGUGGAAACAUUGUCCCCGGACACUGGUUCCGCAUCAAACAUUUACCCUACACCACCCGCCGGGACUCUCUACUACAGAUGUGGAGGGGGACGCUCAACCCAGGGCGCUCCUGAGACGCCAGUCAACAGGGCGCUCCUGACUCACAUAGGCACCACCCUGUGAUGAAUUCUGGGGGAAUCUUUGGAUAUGGCUGCACCCACAGCCCAAGGUCAGAACAGUGACCAUCUUUGGAGUUAAACAGCUCAGUUCUGUCCUCAUCAUGAGUGAACUUGGUGGCUGUGGGUGAGUCCCUAAAUGAAUCUGAGUCUCGUUUACCUCAGCUAUGAAGUGGGAAGGAUUGAUUGCAGGGCCGAAUGAGAUUGGGAGGCUGAGGGCCUGGUAGAGAGCAACGUAAAUAAACAGGGUGUUCGUUCUUCGUGGUCUCUGAAUGCCAGUGGGCUGUGGAUGUCAGCCUGAGUCAGCACCAGACUCGUUUCUGGUACAUCAACCCUCUCCUACAGUGGAGAACCACCCCGAUCCUGAUGUCAAAUAGCUAACUUAGACCUAGACCUUAAUCCCUCA